AUGUGCUAUUUCGAUCAGACCUACUGGACAUGCGGGUACUGGCGUUGGGGCUAUUUCCGACAGCACUGCAAUAAAGAGUACCGUAUAGGCGAAACCUGCGGUCUAAAACUUGUCUACGAAACCAAGACGGAAGACGAUGUGUGUAAACUCUGCCACGAUACUGAGAAGAAACAACGCCGGUAUGAUAAUAUGUACCGCGAUAUCCAGCGCUGGCAGCGGGAGGGCAAUCGGAAUGCGACUAUUGAGCGGACUUGCAGCGAGAUGCAUGAUGCGAUCGAUCAGAUCUAUCAUAUGAGAGAGGAGCAUAACCACAGAUUACAAUCUCUUGGUACUACGCAGGUUUACAAGCCGGCCACAUCACUCCAGGCUAGUCCGAUUCCCUCUUCUAUGUCUCCAUCGGGACCAAGCUUGACAGCAAGCCUUCCAACAUCUACUGGGGCGCAUGCUAACAUGAUCGAACUCUCCUCGGCUCGUAUGCCAGACGCAGAGGUUCCCACAACCAGCGGGGAAAUCCCGAACAAUGUGGCUGACAAAGAAGAUGCAAUAAUCUGUGGCCUCCCAAACAGCUUGGCGGGGGCAUUAGCACAUGAUGAUGUUGAUGUGUUUGCGCACUUUCUGAAAUACCGACUCGAGGUAGCUUCCAGUGGCGACUAUGGUUGGAUUGCGGAGCUGAACGACAUCGGAUACGAUAGUACUGAGAUCGCCCAGCUUCUCUACGAAAAAGCCAACGACUCACCAUGGAUCUAUUUUGAACCAGAAACGUUUGGGUGUCUUGAAAUCAGACUUGACAAUCAUAUCAGAGGUUGCGUGCAUCAGUUACUCCUUCCUUCGCCCAUAUCCUCUUUUGGCGGCAUGUUGGGUCCCUCGCCAGCAUUAAAGUCAGAUCGGGACGUGAUACGACGAAUCGAGGAAACUUGCGGAUUGGGUGGUAUUAGCCCAUUUUCGCGAGAUAAAACCCGCUGGAAUGGAAUAGCUGACUUUCAAGAGAAAAGUUCAGUUGUGUCAAUCCGUCAUCGAGCACCGCCGUCCUCAGCUACCUCAAUCCAAGACACAACAUCUCGGCUGAUCCAGGUGGCUGAGAACUUCAGCACUGCUGUACGCACAGUCCAGAACGCUGGUUUUUGUUGCGAUUCGUUCACGGUUUUGAGAAUCUCUACCACCCCGUCGGAGGCCACCUGCCCUGAACUGCAACUUUCACGAGUAGACUUCGCGUUGGCGGGGAGAGUUACGGUCCUGCUGCGCACUCUUGAAAGGGUCUGGAUGGAUGGCCCACAGCGAGAAUUGGUGAUGGAAGAGUUGCGGACAGUGUCCCAAGCCGUUCUGACUCACGCUAUUGGCCAAAGGAAUUUGGACGGCCCUGGAGCCACGGAAGAAGUUUUGAACCUGACCUCUUUGGCUCUCCAGUUCCUAUGCCUAGGGUUUCUUUCCUAUGCUCAAGCCCAUAUUGGCAUGUUGCACCCUUUCUUCCUAGACCCACCGCUUCGACGUAUCAUACUUCUUGGUACGCAAGCCGCGGCAACACCGGAACUCUUCCUGGAAGCCGAACUUGUCGAACUGACUUGUCUUUCCGGCAUGUGUCAGGGUCCAGUUCUGGCUUUUGGCGGUCCAAGUCUUGAAGGCGGCUUUGAGACAAAAGAACCAUGUAAAUAUGAUGUUCGUGCUCUUCCCGAAGAUAUCUUGGACACUUGGGGUCCAGGCGAGCUCGUGUAUGGAUCAAUGGACAGAGCUACCCCCCUGGCCAUCAAGAUAGGCCGUGGAUACAUAUGCCCACCCUCCCAGCACGACACGGCCGGGAAGCAUCACUGGGAUAGUUCUGCCAAUUUGCUUGCACCAUCACCUCCUUUAAAGCUGCACGAGGAGAUGGUGAUCGGGAGCCUUGUCACCGACAACCCACUCUGCAGCAAUAACGAGAAGAAAUGUUGGCAAGAUUCAUCACGGGGUUUCAAUGAACUUGGAACUUACAAUUCCUACUCCGAAGUCUCUGAGCUCCAGGGUGGGUUCCAAGUUGGCUGGGACCACCUGGCAAUAACCAGUAAUGUGAUAUGGGCGAAACGUCGGGGCAGAACAAUCAAGGAUAAGACCUUCGAAACCGAAGCAUAUAUGUCCUUGUCAUUUUUGGAGUUUUACUGGGGCGUCAGGGUUAGUUUCUGCACCGGUGUGGCUCAGCGCGUAUUGUUGAGAGAACUGGUGGCUGAUUUACUUCCUGCAUUCGCUGAGUGCUAUCCCAACCAGGCUACCAGGACUUUGUGGGCGAAGCUACUUGGACCAGAACACCAAAUCAUCCAAAGGCUCAAGGGGAUCCUUUCGUGUCAAACACCUCUCUCUGUUUGGCUUGAGAAUCUGCCUGAGGAUCUCAGGAAGCUUGUACAUAUCCUUAUCCGACAUAUUCUCGAAACCCUCAAAGACACUGGUCUGAGUCCAGAUGGCAAGCAUUUCUCAGUUGCAUGGCCGCAGACUGGCUUCGUUAAUCGGUGCUUCCGGAUCUGUGUAGACGAACACAACAGAUGGAUGCCGAUGCUGGCGGACUCGGCCGACUGUGCAACCUUUGCGUAUAUAUCCAACACCUGUCUCGAAGUGGCAAGCUUCAAAUGUCGUGGCCCAGAUCCGUCUUGGCAAGGUCGAGUUCAUCUACUCGAGACUGCAGUCCACUGCCCGGCCAGCACUGGUUCAUGGACCCUACAGCCUGAGCGCGCCUACUUCUUCCAAAAGGUGAACAAUACUCUUUUCUGGGUCAAGGCUCAAAGGGACACGCCCUCAGGGGCAUCACCCGUAGCUCUCAUUCGGGAUAUGUCUGUCCGGUCUCUUCCUCGUGAUAUUGUUGCUAGGUUACUGUUUACUAAUGACAAAAGGAUGCAAAGAUGGUUGCGGGAGAAGGACCUUACUUGGGUCACUGCCGAGAACGUUUCUGUAUCGUAA